AUGGUUGGCGAGAAUGGAGCAGGUAAAACUACACUACUCAAGCUUCUUCUGAGCGAUCUGAUUCCGACAAAAGGACUUCGGCACGUGCACCGAGCUCUCUCAAUUGGAUACUUCUCUCAGCAUCAUGUAGAAAGUUUGGAACUUGGCUUAACUAGCUUGGAAUUCCUCGUCAAAAAGUUUCCAGGUAUUUUAUCACUGACCUGUUACUCGUGA